AUGGUUUGGAUGGAGAAGAAGUUAGGGAAGGAGAAGAAGUUAGGGAAAGAGAGGAAGUUAAAGAAGGAGAAGAAGUUAAGGAUGGAGAAGAAGUUUGGGAUGGAGAAGAAGUUUGGAAUGGAGAAGAAAUCAAGGAGGAAGAAGAAGCUAAGGAAGGAGAAGAAGUUAUGGAUGGAGUUUAAGGAUGGAGAAGAAAUUUGGGAUGUAGAUGAAGUUAAGGAAGGAGAAGAAGAAGUUAAGGAUGGAGAAGAAGUUAGGGAAUGA